AUAAUCCGUCAGAAACCACCAAAAUAAACAGAACUCCAUCAACUUCGGCUACUUCGCAAAUGAUUUAGUCCACAAAAUGGCUCAAAAUACGGAUAAUUUAAAGCUUCAGGAUUUCCAAAACUGUUGCAGAUUGUGCUUUGAACAGGAUUCCUUACUGGAGAACGUGUUAGCGCAGGCCAGCGAACACAAUCUCGUAGGAAAAAUAAACGAUUGCGUGGAUGUUUCGAUUCUUUUGGAAGAUGCGCCAGCAACUUCAAUUUGCCAACGUUGUCUUACAUUGGUGGAACAAUUCUAUGAGUUCAAGCAACUGUGUAAAAAAUACGACUACACAUUCCAAACGAGCAUCCGGCUGAAGAACUCCGAAACAGACAUUUCCCUAGCAUCUGUUACGAUCAAAUCGGAAGUUUUCGAUGAAGAGGAGGAAAAUGAAAAGGUGGAGCAGGCGCCGUUGGAAAUAUCGAGUGAACUAAUUAAACAGGAAUCGGAAUGCGAAAUGGAAUCCGAGUCGGAAUUGGAAGACGGACAAGAAUCGGCUGACGGAGACAAUGGCCCACCCGUUAAGAGAGGCAAAAGAGGUCAAUAUCGCAAAACUGAAACGAAACUAUUGGUUCGAUUGAUUCACAACGGGUUUCUGAUGAACUGUAAGGCAAUCAAACUAAGUGGCGUAAUGCAAUGGAUCUGUCGCAACAGUGCCUGUCGGAUGAGCUUCACCGCUACGGUCGAUUGGAACAUCACGCUCCACACGGCAAAAGUGCAUAAUCAUUACCCAUUUGUUGAGAGUACUGGAAUGAUUUAUAAUGAAGAUAGUGAAAUCUCCGAGCGAUUUUCGGUGAGUUCUUUCACCGGAAAGAAAGUUUUGGUUUGGAAUCAUUAUGAGUGGGUUAUUGGCGAGAAGCGCAAAAAUCAAAGGAAGGCAGUAUGCAAAGAAAACAAAGGGAAAUGUCGAAAGUAUGUGAUUAUUAAAGGGGAUUUUGAAAGUUUGAAGGAGUUUGGCGAACACAAUCAUCCAGCGAGCUACAUUUUAUAUAGAGAUGAUGACAAGCCGGAUGAGUGCGAGCUUAAUCCUUGGGACUUAUUCGUACAAAUUAAUCCCUGUGGAUUGCCAAUCGGCACAGAUUGGGAUUCGAAUCGACGGGUAAAAUUGUUCCACAAUAAAUAUCAAUAUAGAUUGAUGGAUUGCACUUGGAAUGGUACCAGCCGUUGGGCUUGCGAUACGGUAAAUUGUCCAGUUUUCGCCAUCAUGGAUUCGGACGAGAAAGUUUCUUCGGUCGAGCACAAUCACGAGCCUCUGGCAAGUGGAAUAUUUAACAAACUGUUCUACAGUGUCGUUAGGGCCAACACCAAAUGCUUGAAGCUUUGCUUCAACGGACACUGCUACGGUAGCAGAGAUUCGAACCAUUGGGUGUGCACAACCACCAACUGCUACGCAAAACUAUUCGUUGGAAAUGAUUUUCAAUCCUUCGCCGAGAAAGGACAGCACAAGCAUGACGGAUUCAGCGUUGUCGUCAAGCCGAUCACCAAGAAAGCAGUAUUUUUAACUCCACAAAAUCCAUUUCUACCGACAUCGAUGACCAUUGAAGAUCUUCACACUCAACAUCCAUCGACAUCACAGACGAUAGAAUCGAAGCCAAACACCAAAUUGGUGUUUAAUCCAGAGCAGCCACCCCAAAUCGCACCCAGACCAAGAAAGUUCAGGGAAACCGUUAAUGGUUCGAUUCGGAUGGUAUACGAUGGCUAUCGGUACUCACUGUGGGACUUUUUCCCCGAUGGUACCACCUAUUGGUGCUGCUGGGGGAUGCGCUGCAAGAAAGCAUUUCACAUGAGCCCGCAAGGGUUGAUCUACUGCAAAAAUGAAAAUCAAGAGCACCAGCACCCUUCUCCGGUCAGUAAGGUAGACCACAUAACACUUGCAAACGGUGACAAGGAGUUGUACGCCAUUUACAAAGAUAAUUUGCACAACACUAUUCUCGUCUAUCGUAACACUUUGUGGGAUUUAGUGUUAGGAGAACAAUGUUACGUCGCCACUUGUCAAAGAUGUGGAUCGAAAUUAAAAAUUACGGAGAAUUUUAACCGAUUCGAGCAAAGCCCUAAAUGCACUAAUCACGAUAAUGGGAUGGUGCUCAUUCGAGUCGCUGCCAAACCACUCCCAGGCGAUUCAAUCAUUUGGGAACUCUUCAAGCAGAACUACCCACUACGAUUGACCGAUGGUACUCUCUAUAACAAAGGCCGACACUCGCAGAUGUUCAACGACGGCUUCCGGUACACUUUGGUGAGUUUGACCUGGAAUGGGGGCGAGCUGUGGCGGUGUGCCAUCCAGCGAUGUCCGGCAAGGUGCAGAGUGACAGAACCGCGUGGGAACUUUGUAACUCCAACGUCCCAUACUCAUGGCAGACAGGUGCUGCUACGAGACAAAAUAUGGAGUGAAACCCGUCAACGCGCGGAGACCUACUUCGUGGUGAUCACACUCAAAAAGACCAUCGCUACGUUGUACUACAAUUCCUAUUGUUACGCCCUGAAGGACAAACAGCACAACGUUUGGAGUUGCUUUCCUGGACCGUGCCACGCGAUGCUUCGAAUCGAGGGCAAUUUCGAACGAGUUGUGGACGAGAUGGAGCACAGUCACGAUGGGACACUUACGUUUAUCCGCGAUGACGAAACGUACGCUUCACAGCAAUGUUAUGCCCCAACGAUAGGAACUUCUAAGAAAAGACAAAAAGAGGAAUCUGACCAGGAAGCAUCCGCUGACAUCGAUCCUUUAAACCUGUUGAAUGUUACUUUGGACACAUCAACAAAGAUCAAACUCAGUCCUAAACACUACGACGAAAACGAUUCCAUAAUGGAUGUGGAAUCUUCAAGCCAACCGAGUAAUGCCGAAACACAAUUAUCAUCUACCAACAAUGAUAGCCCAAAACUGCAGGCAAUUAUCGACGCUUUGGUGCAACCGAUGCCGAAAGGCGAUCAGACUCCACAACCCGAACAACUUCUGCACUACUACGGAGGAUACACAUACAACCGCUCAAUAGUUCAAUCCGAUGGAAGCACCAAGCUGCAAUGCAACAAACCUCGCUGCCCCGGACGUGUCAUCGUCGGCUGUGAUAAAGUCCCCCGCGUGAAAGACGCUCACACCCACACCAAAUCCUACGAUUGCGUUGGGAACAUUUGCGACCUUAACGGUCAGAGUUAUCCGUACAUCCUAGUCAAUGGAUCCCAGCGACGAACCGCUACUUAUUUCGUCUGCGAUGGGUUUCGAUAUCACAUUCAAAUAAGAGCAUCCAACGAGACCGAAGUGGCCUGGCAGUGUACCAAGUGUCCAGUGAAGGCCACCGUCAAUGACUCUUACUCCUGCAUCCAGUUCACAUCCGCUCACACUCACGAACCUUUCGAUAUUAUUAUUCCUGACGAUGAAAGCACCGAUCCCAACAUCGAGGGAGCUUCCAGUACCGAUGGACCUUCGAGUUCUUUUCAUUUGGACGAAGUUAUCUGGGGCCAGCACAGAUACAAUAAGCCGAUUUUUAUUCGCCGAAUGAAUAUCGCCAAAUGGAGAUGCUACCGAACGAAGGAGUGCAAAGCCUUACUUAAUCAGAACGCCGAAGGUGUAUUCAAAGAAAUCGAACCGCACGAUCAUGAAGGGCCAAUCGAUGUCUGCGGAGAAGCCAGAUUUGACCCCAUCAUGAAACUAAGGGAUCGCUUUGCGCUCAUGAAGACCUACGGCAAGUCUAAGCUACGGCAUAUGGUGUUUCAGAAUCAAAUCUACGUGGAGCGAGAUUCCUGUACCUGGAUCUGCGCCAGGAAAUCUUGCAACGCCCAUCUGAAUAUCUACGAUCGUUUCGAUUUUAUUCAACCAAUGGGGAUUCACACGCACCAACCCUGCAUUACAAUGAUAUUGUUCCCGAACGAAGUCCAAAGUCGUGUAGACCCCGAAGAAGUGUUGGGUUGAAUGUGAUUUAGCACGACGAUUCUAUUAGCGAAAUUAUAUUUAACAAAUCAACCAUUUGUAGAAAUUGAAAUGUAAUGAGCAAAAGCAUUUUUUGAUUUCAAUUAAAAUGGAAUUUUGGGUACUGAAGUUUUAAAAUAAACAAAUGAAGCUUG